UUGUUUUGUCUUCUAUAAGCUUCCCCUGUUUCUUUUGUUUUAUAACUUUCUUUUGAAGAAAAAAAUGGGUGGAAAUUCACCAUGUGCUUCAUGCAAGCUUCUGAGAAGAAGAUGCACAAAAGAUUGCACCUUUGCUCCUUAUUUUCCUUCUCAUGAACCCCAAAAAUUUGCCAUAGUUCACAAGGUUUUUGGUGCUAGCAAUGUUAGCAAAAUGUUGCAGGAGCUUCCAGUUCACCAAAGAGCAGAUGCAGUAAACAGUUUAGUCUAUGAAGCAAAUGCAAGAGUGAGGGAUCCAGUUUAUGGCUGUGUUGGAGCAAUAUCUUACUUGCAAAAUCAAGUUUCUGAGCUUCAAAUGCAACUUGCAGUUGCUCAAGCAGAGAUACUAUGCAUCCAGAUGCAAAAUGAGCAAGUUAUUCCAACACCACAAAUCAACCAAGAUCAGAAAUCAUACUAUAUCCAAGAUGAACUCACUCAGUACCUUAAUUACGGUUCUUCUUCUAGUAAUAAUGUAAUUCAUGAUUCUCUUAAGAGAGAGAAUAAUAUGUAUGGACAUGAUAUGGUUUCUUGAAUUAAAUUUGGUCACGUGCUUAGGGUUUUUUUAACUAGACUAUGGUCUUCCUUUAUUUUUUUUAAUAUUAGCACAAAUUCUCUUCCUGUUAAGUAUGGCAAGUUUCUUGGCAGUUUUUCAUGUUUGUUAUGUUUUAAGAUAUUAGAAGGUAUUUUUAGGGUCAACUCUAGCAUGUGAUCGAG